AUGAAGGUAGAGAUUCAGGCCCUUAAAGAGAACAAAACAUGGGAGAUUGUUCAACUGCCACCAGGGAAGUCUCCUAUAAGUUUCAAAUGGGUCUUCAAGGUUAAGUAUCAAGCCAAUGGUGCUGUAGAAAGAUUUAAAGCAAGGCUCUUGGCAAAAGGUUACAAUCAACAUGAAGGACUUGACUAUCAAGAAACCUUCUUACCAGUGGUGAAAAUAGUAACAGUGAUUUCCAUGGCAGCUGCUCAAGGCGACCUCUAUGAAGAGGUUUACAUGAAGCUCCUAGAAGGUUUUGCAAGCCAAGGGGAGAAUAAAGGAGCAGUUUGUAGGCUUGUCAAAUCCUUAUAUGGACUCAAGCAAGCUAGCAGACAGUGGAAUGUGAAGCUAAUUGAAGCACUGAUCAAGCAAGGUUUUCUAUGGGAUGUCAUAUGUGAUGGACCAUAUGUUCCUACCAAAAACCUUGGUGACCCACCAAUAGCCAUUCCCAAGACAAGGAAAGAAUUCAAUGAUGCAGAUAGAAAGGCCAUAGAGAAGAACUUUCGUGCUAAGAAAAUUCUGGUGUGUGGUAUUGGACCUGAUGAAUACAACAGGAUAUCAGCAUGUCAGUCAGCCAAAGAAAUCUGGGAAGCCCUUCAGACAGCUCACGAAGGAACAACACAGGUCAAGCAAUCCAAAAUUAACAUGCUCACAACUGAAUACGAGCUCUUCAGGAUGCAAGACGAUGAAUCUGUCCAAGAAAUGCAUACCCGAUUCACCUCCAUCAUUAAUGAGCUUCACUCCCUUUGUGAAACUAUUCCAAGAAACAAGCUGGUUAGAAAGAUCCUAAGCAUGCUACCCAAUUCUUGGGAAAGCAAAGUGAACACCAUUACAGAGGCGAAGGACUUGCAGGAGCUAAUUAUUGAUGAGUUUGUUGGCAAUCUAAAAACAUAUAAAAUGAAGAAGAAGAAAGAGAGUGAAAGAUGA